UCGGCGGGGCCGCGGGGCGGGGCCGGGCCGCCGAAGCUGUUCCGGGCCGCGGGGCAGCCAUGGCGGAUGAGGAGGAGGAUGUGCCGUUCGAAGAGGACGCGGAGGACGCCGGCGGGGGCCUGGACGGCGGGCAGGGCAGGAGGAAGCGGCUGUUCUCCAAAGAGCUAAGGUGCAUGAUGUAUGGAUUUGGAGACGACCAGAACCCUUACACAGAAUCGGUGGAUAUUCUUGAGGACCUGGUAAUAGAGUUUAUCACUGAAAUGACACACAAGGCCAUGUCCAUCGGGCGGCAGGGUCGGGUGCAGGUUGAGGACAUUGUCUUUCUAAUACGCAAGGACCCCCGGAAGUUUGCCAGAGUUAAAGACCUCCUAACUAUGAAUGAAGAACUGAAACGAGCCAGAAAGGCCUUUGAUGAAGCAAACUAUGGGUCUUGAAUCUGUGCACAAGCUGCGCUGGGGCAUUAUUUGGGCACCUGCUGCCCACUAAGAAGGAAGAUCAUGCAUGUUGUUUGGAAGGGUUUUUUAGGAUGGAGGUCACUGCUGGGAUGUCUGUCCUCACUCCCAGCCUUUUCUGAGAAAUAUUCAAGCAGCUGAAACAUUACCUGAUUGUAUGUGGUAUACUUAGGUACUUUUAUACCAUUUGAGGAAAUGAGAAAAAGACCUCUAAAAAUUCUUGCAAUGGCAGGAAUCUGUU